CAAAGAAUGGAAACCACCGACGUGACAAUUUGUAUCCAAAAAAAAUGAAUUCAUAUGAUAAUUAUGAUAGGACGAACCUUUCGGAGGUUUGUUCUACGGUUAUGAACUUAAACGAUGAAAACGAAAACAACGAUCAUUUCUUAUGGAACAUGGAUACACCUGUUAACAAAAAAGAUAAUUCGAUUUAUAAUUCUUACGAGCCUAAAAGGAAAAAAUGUUCUCUCGGUGAAAUUGAAUACGUUGAUGGAACCGAUUGGUGUAGAAAACCGAUGAAAACUUGGUGCAAACAGGAAACGAUAAGUUGGUUAAUGUCGGCCGCAUCUUCCAUAGGAUUACCAUACAGAUCUAUCCAACAAAGUCUUGCGGUUUCCGGGGAAGAACUUGCCGCUAUGACACGCAAUGAUUUCCUCUUUCACGAUCCAAUUUACGGUGACAAAUUGUAUUGCCAUCUUCAUUCUCAACGAGUUUCUAAUUCACUUCCACCAUUUGAGGCAAUACACUCACAUUCCGAGGACGAUAUGGCACAAAUGUCGUCCAGCGGUAUAUCCGACGCGGAAUCAGAUAAUUGUAUGAAAAUUACGACUAAACGGCCACCGGGAAGGCCGAAAAUAUUAAAAACGAAGAAAAAUGUAACAGGCCAAGGAAAACUUUGGGAAUUCAUUAGGGAUUUAUUGCGCAAUCGAGAAACUUGUCCCAGUUUAAUUUGUUGGGAGGAUUAUUCCCAAGCCAAAUUUCGAUUCGUUAAAAGUGACGAAGUAGCGAAACGCUGGGGCUCCAGAAAAGGAAACACUAAAAUGACCUACGAAAAACUUAGCCGUGCCAUGAGAUAUUAUUAUAAAAGUAAAAUAUUUCAACCAGUGCUUGGUCGAAGAUUGGUUUAUCAGUUUGGUCCUAAUGCGAAAGGGUGGCAGACUGACAAUCCUAAUUUCCGAUAUUGAUAUAAUUAUAUAUACAUACGUACACACAUACACACACAUACAAAAAAACACAUUAAUUUUAAUUAAUUAGUAUAUAAGAAGCGAAUGAAAUAAAUGAUUUGAUGCGUAAUUUUU